AUGGCCGAGUUGGAAGCCAUUGAGAAGGAGGAAUCUACACUCGAGCGCUUCAUUCUGUACAACCUCACAGGAGACCAAGAAUAUUACGAUAUCUCGAGUGAAAAUGACACGGUAAAAGCGUGCGCUCUUGAAUAUAACAGAAUAACAGCUGAUUUACGAUCUAUGGGGCAGAGCGUGAGCGGAGUUACAAGCGAAAUCGAGGAACUGUCCAAGGAAAUGGCUGCUUGUAGUGGAGAUGCUGUAAAAGCGAGUGAAAGUAUAAAACAUUAUAAUACGUUAAAGGUAAAUGCUGAGAAAUCUUUGGAGUUGGUAACUGCCAUGAUCGAUUUGAAUCGCAGUGUGGCUGGUAUCGAGAAUUCUCUGGAGCACGAGGAAUACGAAAAAGCCACCGAUUACAUUCUAAAGUACCGUCGAGCGAUUCUCACGGGCGACAUCAGCACCAAGGACGAAAGCAUAAUGAAGAAGUCAACAGAAACGCUGAUUCGAGCUCUGACCGAGCAGUUCCAAAGCAGCAUGACCAAAAACAAACAGACCCAAGUCUACCGCUACUGCCACCUGCUCGAUAGUCUCGGCGAAGGCCGCUCCAUUCUCCAGCCGUUCCUCUCUCUCUCUUCUUUCGAGCUAACGCAUAGAUUGGUGCAGUACUUAAUGACUCCCCUUGUGGAACAAACCAAAAAAGACAACCAGCUGCUGCAAAGCCAGCGCUCCGCUCACCACGUCGGCGUGGUUGUGGGCAAUCUGCUCGGCGGUCUCUACCAGAAAGCCGUGGAGCUCGUGGACUCCGUGGAGGAUUCCUUCCAGAACUGCUUCGUGAACGAGCAGUUCGCGUACUGCUAUCUUCUCCGCUGCGUUUUUAUCCACUGCGACACGCAGGUGGGCUUCGCUUUUCUCUCUCUUUUUUUCCAGGCCGGCCAGCUUUUCUCCACCUUCGCUUCGCUCCGCGACCUCUCCGUGCUCUUCGAGGACUCCAAGACGCGCCUCCAAGCGUACAUCUCCAACGAGCAGGGCGUCGAAGACGCCGCGCUGGACGCUCUCAACCCCGUUCUCAACGAGAUCUCCCUCAUUCUCCAACACGCCGAGUCCUUCUCUCGCUACCUCACCGGCAAAAUGAACGACGCCGUCCUGGCCGCGUCCCAGCGCGUCCCGCCCGACUCGGAAAUGCUGACGCACUACCCGUCCACUGCGAACGUCCCUGCGGACGUCGUCGCCGCGCUGCGCAGCGCGGAGCAGAAGAAGGGACUGCCGCAAGGCGGGCAGCAGCCGUCGUGGAAGGCGAUGCAGUCGCUGUGCCAGAGCUACACGGCGCUGGAGGAGAGCUACACGCUGUACGCGGUGAACCGGUCGAUCUUCCACGUGCGGUUGGACGAAGAGACGCGGAGCAGCACGGUGCCGGAGGAAGUGUUCUAUCUGUUCGAGAUCGUGAUCAACCGCGCGAUCAGCCAGGGAAACGUCCGGAACAUCGCGAUGGUGGUGAGCAUCGUGAAGGGCUGCAUCGACCAGUACCUCCACGCCUAUCUGCUCUCGGUGAUCCGCGGCAGACGAUCGCUGAACACUUCGCGUGCGCGAUGCGAAGCGCGGAUUCACGCGUAG